CACCAGCAACCAUAACCCCAUUCCAUGGCUACAGACAAUGUCUACGUUCUCUUCUACUUAUUGGCCUUCCUAUGCAUUCAACCCAACGUCUGCGACGGAGCUCUAACCUCAGGCUGCAUCCCUGCCGAAAGAAGUGCUCUACUUGAGUUCAAACGAGGCCUGGAAGAUCCUACCAACAGGCUGUCCUCUUGGGUGAAUGAAGACUGCUGCAAAUGGGAGGGUGUGACGUGCAGCAAUCAUACUGGGCAUGUCGUCAAGCUGGACCUCCACAAUCCGCCAAACAACAUAAGGCCCUUAGGAGGUGAGUUGAGGCAUUCUUUACUUGGUCUGAAGCACCUGAAGUACCUGGACCUAAGCAUGAACGAUUUUGGAGGCAUUAAUAUUCCAAAAUUCGUGGGGUCAUUCCAUCAACUCCGAUAUCUUAACCUCUCCAGGGCUGGAUUGGGUGGACUCCUGCCUCACCAGCUAGGAAAUCUCUCCAAUCUGCAGUACCUAGACCUAUCCGAUGACAUUUUUGUGGCUCCGACCCAUCAAUUUAACAUUAGUGAUGCACUCUGGAUUUCUCACCUUUCUUCUCUAAAGCAUCUCAACCUGAAUAACGUUAAUUUUCAAAAUGGAACUCACUGGCUGGAAGCUCUGAACAUGCUUCCUUCUAUUGUGGAGAUAUACUUAUCUGACUGUGAAAUUGGAAGUGUUCCCCUCUCUCUUCCACAUGUGAACUUUACAUCACUGUCUGUUCUUGAUUUGUCGAAUAAUCUCAUUGACACUCGGAUACCCUCUUGGUUAUCCAACAUAAGUGGCCUUGAGUACCUUGAUAUCAGUUGGAAAAGCCUUCAGGAUAAUAUUCCACCAUUCUAUGGUAGAUUGGCUACCUACAAGAGCCCUCAUUUAGCUAACAAUCAUGUUCAAGGAGGAAUACCCACUUCCUUCAAAAAUCUGUGCAAGUUGCAGAAUUUGAUAUUGUCAGGCAUCAAUAUCAGCAAAGAUUUGUUAGAACUCGAUGAAAUUUUUUCUGGUUGCAUCAAGAUGAGCCUAGAGGUUCUAAGCUUAGCCAGAACGAAUAUUAGUGGGCAGUUGCCUGAAUGGUUAUUCCAACUCAGGAAGCUUAAAUCACUCCAGUUGGAGCAGAAUCUGAUUUCUGGGCCUAUUCCUGUAUCAAUUGGACAACUAGCAUCACUCCAAGAGCUCAUUCUUGGUAAAAAUCAAUUGAACAAAACAAUACCAGAAAGUGUCUGGUGGCUAUCUCAGCUAGUUUCUUUGGACCUCGAGAACAACAAUUUGGAGGGUGUAAUAUCUGAGGCGCAUCUUGGAAACCUCACAGAAUUGAAACACUUAUAUUUGUCGUCCAACUCCUUGGCUCUGAAGGUCGAGAGCAAUUGGCUUCCUCCCUUCCGGCUAGAAUCCCUUUGGAUGAACUCCUGCAAACUGGGUCCUAAGUUCCCUUCAUGGCUCCGGUCUCAAAUAAAUAUUUCAGAAAUUGAUAUAUCUAAUGCUAGUAUUUUUGAUGCUAUGCCAAACUGGUUUUGGAGCUUAAUUUCGACAGCAGUGUUCGUGUUUGUCUCCGGCAAUCAGAUCAGUGGCCACGUACCCAAUUUAUUACAGUUCAACGACCUUGUGGAUUUGGAUUUAAGUUCAAACUACUUUGAUGGUCCUCUUCCAUAUUUUUCUCCUAGAUCGGCUUUAUUAGAUCUGUCAAACAAUUCAUUUUCGGGAAUAAUUUCACCUACCAUCUUCAUGAAUAUGCCUAACCUCAUAUAUUUAUCAUUUUCAGAAAACAAUUUAAGUGGUGAAAUUCCCUUCUCUAUAUGCCAACUGUCGGUGGUCUCAGUGGUUCUUGAUCUUUCAAAAAAUAUGUUGUCAGGAGAGCUCCCCAAUUGCUGGAGUAAUUCUAACCAAAUUAGAGUUAUGGAUUUUUCAAGCAACAACAUAUCUGGAGUUAUUCCUGAGUCAAUAUGUUCCAUAGUAUCACUUCAGUCGUUGCACUUGAGCAAUAACAGUCUAUCUGGAGAACUGCCGUUGUCCUUGAAGGAUUGUGGGAAUUUAUACCUUCUUGAUGCUGAAAAUAAUAAUUUGAAAGAUAAUGAGCUAUCGGGAACUAUUCCAAGAAGCUUUGGAAAUUUUACUGGCAUGAAAGUAAUUGAAAAUUUUUCAAAUUGGACGACAGAUCAAAUUAGAUAUCAGGAGCAGAUGUUUAUAACAACUAAAGGAAACACUCGAGCUUAUGGUAUGUCACUUUUGAUCAUGAAUAUCUUGGACCUCUCAGACAAUAACUUAUUUGGAGGAGUACCCGAAGAACUCACGGGUCUUUUUGGCUUAUUCAGCUUAAAUUUAUCUGGAAAUCAUUUCACAGGAGAAAUCACUGAAAAUAUCAGUAAAUUACAACAGUUGGAGUCCCUUGACUUGUCAAGAAACAACUUUUCUGGCACAAUUCCUUCUAGCCUCGCUGCCCUGACAUAUUUGGCUCACUUGAACCUCUCAUACAACAACUUGUCAGGGGAAAUUCCACGUGGUAAUCAACUUUCAACCUUCAAUGAUCCAUCUAUCUAUAUUGGCAAUCCUGGUCUUUGUGGGCUUCCUCUGAACCAAAGUUGCAGUGAGACAACACGAGGUCAAAGUAAUGCAAACGAUAGAGAUAAGAAUGAGAUGAUAUGGUUCUACACGAGCAUGGCACCAGGAUUUGUUGUUGGUUUCUGGGCAGUCUGGGGUACCUUAAUACUUAACAAGAAUUGGAACCUUUACUAUUUUCGUUUUAUAGACAACAUGCUUGACAAAGUAUAUGUGUUUACCGUACUGAAAGUUUCUAGGAUCAGAAAACGUUGUUGUUCCCAGCAAGGAUGAUAAAUUUGAACAUCAAUAUCUGCUGUAUGAGAGUUCAUCUCAUUAAUAUCAUAUCAUCAGCUUGAAUAAAUUUUCUUCUUCUGAAUA